AUGUGGCCUCCUUCUACAUCAGCAAGGCCAAGUGUAGACCAGGCAACCAUUUCAUGGAAAGCGAAUUCAGGGGAAAAUCUGCACAGAUCAACGAGACGGGCCGACCGCCCAGCGACGCACACGCAUGCGCAGCUAUCCGACCGGCGGCCAGUCCCCGAGGCGCAGACGCAGCUGGCUGCCGUCAACCCCCUCAACACGCAUGCGCAACCAACGGAAAGGCGGUUGAAUUUAAAUUCUGACCGUGAAGCGACGCGGGUUGAUUGGUGGGCGGAGGCGGUGGCCUUGGUCUGUGUUGUUUUUGUUGGGGGUUCGGCCUCGGCUAGUGUUCAGGUUUCAACCAUGGAUGAAAAUUGCUCUGUAUUUCCAGAGGCUAAUGCUGAAGUUAUAGAAGGGAAAUGCAAAAGGAGACAGUCGGGAAUUUUAAAAGCUUCCAGGAGUCCACUUAGAACUCUGAAAGAAACUGAUAUCAGCCAAAAGAUGGAGCCAGUGGGUAAACUUCGCAGGAGUUCUCGAAGAGUCAGUUUUGCAGAUACUAAAGAAGUUAAGGAGUUUGUGACAGAUAAAAUGAUAAUGCAAGUUGAUGUGGAAAAUGAUGAAAAUAUUUGCAUGUUAGAGUGCAGACAAAACAUGGAGAUUCAUAAUUCAAGAAUAAACAGCGAAAAGGAAAAUCACCAGGAAGAGUUGGGAAGAGAUGUGAUGCAACAAAAACAUUUCAGGAUUGCUGGUAUGGAUGCACUGCUUCAUGCACCUCUCCGAACUCCUCUGCAACAAUUAGAGUCCAGUGAACCUAUUGAAACUGUCAGUACACGUCAAAUCUUCCCCAUCUCUGGGCUUGAAGUGCGAAGGGAAAGUGAAGAAACAGUCACGGCUUCUGAAUCGGAACUUGCAUCUGGAUUUCAGAAAAAAAUUGACUUCAAAUCCUUCUUGGCUGAACUUGAUUCUACAAAACUAGCAUAUAGUAAUUCCAGUCAUGACGCAGGUGAUAGUUCUAUCAGACAAAAUACAGUUCCCAAACAUCAAAAGACAAUUGAUUUUAAAUCAUUCUUAAAUAGCAUAAAACACACUGAGGCAGAUGAGAAUAAGAUGAUGUUCAUGCCCUCCAUCUUUGAGAAACAGGUAUUUAAACAGGCAGACUUGGGUGUUACUUCAAAUUGUGAAGCUACAGAAAUGACAAAUAACUCAGUGUUCCAAAACCAUACUAUCAACAAUUUAGAUGCAAAUAAAACUAUAUUGUUUCUGGACCAUGAUAAUGAUAUGGAAAUCACCAGAAGCCAUACUGUUAGUAUUAACAAUUUUGCCUUGGUGAAAUCCGACCAUCUUCAUACAGUAAAGGAACUUAAUAACACACAGAAACUAGGCAAUAGAGGAUCACUUAAUUCUUCCCUUCCUCAAGACAAGGCUGUUGUAUUUCCUGGAGAAGAUUGUAUUGCUGUGACAGGAAGUGUUACUGUACCUAUUGAUAUCAAGAAGACAGCUCACCCAACAAAUCAAAAUCAACCAACAGUUGUCACAGCUAACAUAAAUGAGAGAUCAAUGUUGCCAUUAUAUACUCAUAAACACACAGUGACAGGUUAUGAAUAUUUAAAAAAAAUUGAGAAGAAUAAGGUAUCGGAUACAACUAAAGUGACCUCUAGAUCUUUGGGUAUUCUUUCAAGCUUUCCUGAUAAAACCCAGGUGUUUUCCAAUGAAAAUGACAUGGAUAUGACUAAAAGCCACACAGUUACAAUUGAUAGUGGAGUUCUAGGGCAAGUGUCAAAUUACACAGUUGGGUCAAGUGCAUCUUCUAUUCACGAUAAGACCAUGGUGUUUUCAGAAGCAAAUGAUAUGGACAUCACACAGAGUCAUACUGUUGCAAUUGAAAGUGACAAUCUAGGACAAAUUUCAAACGAAGCAUUACAGUCAACAAGGAAGAGUUCCAGACUGAAUACUCCUGGAUCUAUACUGACAUUGUUAUCCAAUGAAAAAACAGUAGUAUUUUCAGAGGCAAAUGAUAUGGAUAUAACCAAAAGCCAUAAAGUUACAAUUGACCGUGGAAGUCUUGGGAGAGUGCCAAAUUGCACAGUUGGGUCAAGUGCAUCCUUGCCUAGUGAUAAGACCAUGGUGUUUUCAGAAGCAAAUGAUAUGGACAUCACACAGAGUCAUACUGUUGCAAUUGAAAGUGACAAUCUAGGACAAAUUUCAAAUGAAGCAUUACAAUCAACGAGGAAGAGUUCCAGACUGAGUACUCCUGGAUCUAUACUGGCAUCGAUAUCCAAUGAAAAAACGGUAGUAUUUUCAGAGGCAAAUGAUAUGGAUAUAACUAAAAGCCACACAGUUACAAUUGAGAGUGGGAGUCUUGGGAGAGUGCCAAAUUGCACAGUUGGGUCAAGUACAUCCUUGCCUAGUGAUAAGACCAUGGUGUUUUCAGAAGCAAAUGAUAUGGACAUCACACAGAGUCAUACCGUUGCAAUUGAAAGUGACAAUCUAGGACAAAUUUCAAACAAAGCAUUGCAGUCAACAAGGAAGAGUUCCAGACUGAAUACUCCUGGAUCUAUACCGGCAUUGUUAUCCAGUGAAAAAACGGUAGUAUUUUCAGAGGCAAAUGAUAUGGAUAUAACCAAAAGCCACACAGUUACAAUUGAGAGUGGGAGUCUUGGGAGAGUGCCAAACUGCACAGUUGGGUCAAGUGCAUCCUUGCCUAGUGAUAAAACCAUGGUGUUUUCAGAAGCAAAUGAUAUGGACAUCACACAGAGUCAUACCGUUGCAAUUGAAAGUGACAAUCUAGGACAAAUUUCAAACAAAGCAUUACAGUCAACAAGGAAGAGUUCCAGACUGAAUACUCCUGGAUCUAUACCGGCAUUGUUAUCCAGUGAAAAAACGGUAGUAUUUUCAGAGGCAAAUGAUAUGGAUAUAACCAAAAGCCACACAGUUACAAUUGAGAGUGGGAGUCUUGGGAGAGUGCCAAACUGCACAGUUGGGUCAAGUGCAUCCUUGCCUAGUGAUAAAACCAUGGUGUUUUCAGAAGCAAAUGAUAUGGACAUCACACAGAGUCAUACCGUUGCAAUUGAAAGUGACAAUCUAGGACAAAUUUCAAACAAAGCAUUACAGUCAACAAGGAAGAGUUCCAGACUGAAUACUCCUGGAUCUAUACCGGCAUUGUUAUCCAAUGAAAAAACGGUAGUAUUUUCAGAGGCAAAUGAUAUGGAUAUAACCAAAAGCCACACAGUUACAAUUGAGAGUGGGAAUCUUGGGAGAGUGCCAAAUUGCACAGUUGGGUCAAGUGCAUCCUUGUCUAGUGAUAAGACCAUGAUGUUUUCAGAAAUAAAUGAUAUGGACAUCACACAGAGUCAUACAGUUACAAUUGAGGAUGGAAAUUUUAAGCUGAAUGGCAAUCAUACUUCUGGCUUCCAUAAAAUGACCUCAAGUUGCAGUAAUACUCUGGCAUGUUUUCCCAAUGAGAAGACUAUGAUAUUUUCAAAAGUGAAUGAUAAGGAUAUUGCUCCAAGCCCUACAGUUGCAGUAGACAGAAUGAAUCUUGGGGCAGUUGUAAAUUGUGCAGCUAGUUCCAGUACAUCCUUUCCUGGUGGUGACACUAUGGUAUUCUUUGAAGCAAAUGAUAUGGAUAUGACCAGAAGUCAUACAGUUGCAAUUGAAGGUGGAUGUCUUGGUCCAGCUGUGAAAUUAACAACGUGUUCAGCUGAUUCUUUUCCGAGUGAUAAGACCACAAUAUUUUCAGAAGCAAAUGACAUGGACGUGACCAAAAGCUAUAAAACUGAUAUUGAUAUUGGAAACCUUGGGGCAGUUGCAAAUGGAGCAUUUUGUUGUGCAAAAAUGUCCUCUGAUUUGAAUGCUGUUCAGUCAUCAUUUUCCAUUAAGAAUACCGUGGUUUCCGAACAAGUAGCGGCUGUUACAAAAAAUGACAUUCUGCCUAUUCAUGGGGGGCAUGAUGAAUCUGGUAAACACAAAAUUACCGAGAUGGUGCUUGUAAAAGGGCAAAAGCAUUUCAGUGAUCAAAUGGAUCAUGCUAAUUGUAGUAUUCAAAGCAAUUUGGAAGCAAAUUCAAUGUGCAUAACUGGACCUCAUGAAAAAAGGAAUCUGAAAGGAAUUGAGUAUUCUCUGCUCUGCACAGAGAAUUCUUCUGACGCCACUCUAACACACAAAAGUGACCUUGAAGUUCAGAAGAGAACACUAAUUGAUCAGACCAGGGAGGCCGUUUCUGAAGAGCUUGUUCAAUAUCAGGUUACCGAAUGUGCUGCUCACGAGGCAAGGACUAAAUCUGCAAGUACAACAACUAACAAUUUGGAAUGUAAUGCAUCCAGAAAGUCAAGUGUACCUGAUGUGUCAUUUCAGAAAUUGAAUUCCAUGACCGAUAUAACUUCUGAUCCUGCAUUAGGAAAGCCUCCAGUGGAUGGCAACGGCCCUGCAGAUUGUCAAACAUUUACUGCAAAGCCUUGUUUCCCAAAACAAAAUUCAUUUGUUAAGGACACACUUUCUCAAAUCUCUCUUGGUGUCUUCCUUCCUAAAUUGCCUAGUAGAAGAAAUCUAUGUAGAACUGUAAAUUCAAAUCAUCAGAAUGUAGUAAAACCGUCAGUAGAAAAUCUCUGUUCUGACUCACUUCUGAAUGCAAUGCCCAAAUCAGAAGAACUUGAACGUUCAAAUGUAUUUGAACCUAUUGGUAACUCUCAGGAACAGCCAGAUGGACAGAACAAAAUGCAAGUGACUGAUUGUGAUGACGUAGAAAGCAGAAUGUUGGAUCGGGUGAAUCCAUCUCUCUGUUUGAAGUCCAGUGAAGCACACACUCUCGCCAUCCAUGAACAGCAGUGUAGAGAAGCUUUGUCAGCUCCUGAACAAGGUAUCAAUGAGACAGGCCAGGUUCCUGUAUGUUCAAAAAUAAGUUCAACAGUGGAACAAAGUCCUUGCCAGAAACGGGCUUGGAGUGAAGAAGAAAAUGGAAAUGCAUGCAAUAAAAGAAAAAUGUUGAGAACAUUGGAACAAGAGGGCACUGAUUCUUCUAGAAAAGAGGUCAAAAUUACAGCUCUUGUGCAGGGGGAAGGAGUAGGGCAUGAAACGGUGGAAGAGAACUUGCUGAGUAUGACGACAAAGAGCCUGGAUAGUAACAGUUCCUUAGAUUCAACCAAAGGUGAUGGUACCUCUGCUCAUGCAAUCACUCCAAAAUGUAACUUGAAUGCAUCCCUAGUGAUCUUGGAGGAGUCUGAGUUGCAUCAGAAAUUGAUGGAUGGUGAGAUCACGGUCCGGGAAUUCUUCAAAUUCUUGAAAGUUCAAACACGUGCACAGAAAUCUCGCCAGAGUGAGCUGCAAGUCAAUCCUGAAUUGGACAGAUCCUCAGAACUGGAAAACUGGCUGGCUGUGAAGUUUAUUCACCGACCAAAACGGGAAGUUUAUGAAGAGGAUAGCUCUGCACUCUCUGCAGCCAUAAAUGACCUGAAGGAUCAGUUGUUAGACCUUGAUAAGCUCCUGUCGGAGGUGAACUUGCCACUUUUGAAAGAGGUGAUGCAAAUGACAAAAGAAGAGUUGCAACAGUUUCGUUCUUGCCUGAAUACCAAGAAAACCACUUUUGUGAAGAGGACUAAAGUGAUCUGCCAUGAACAAAAGGUUCAGCUGUAUUUGUCACAGUUGAAUGCAUUGAAGGCACAACGGCAGCAGAGGAAGGAAUAUGAAGAUUCCUUAGAUGAUGUACUACAUAAGAUGGAUGACUGCCUUGCAUCAUUAGAUCUUGGAAACUUGGAUCAUCUAGGAGAGUGUAGCAUGGAUGUCAUUGACAGUGACGAGAGUCUGGUGCAGCUGAAGCAAAUUGUGAAAGGCAAAUGCGAGGAUCUGAAGAAUCUUCAGGCAGAACACUGUAAGAUGGAAAGUCAACUUGCUAAAGUUAUUGAUGAAAAGUUGCUGUGGGAAAAGGCUGCCAAUAUGUUGGAAAUUAAUGAAGAAUUUCAAGAGCUUUUAGAAUGGACAGUGGUGCCUUGCCAAGAUGACCAAGCUCUUUACAGAUUCCUGUAUGACUCCUUGGAGCUGACUUUGCAGUAUGGGGAGCCUGAAUGUGCUGACCUUUCCCCUGGUGAGAAGUGCAGGAGAAUUAUUGACAUUAAACUUGUCUCCGAGUUGGAUGAGAAAGAAUCACCUGUGCAUUCGAAGCUUGUUCAUGAGCUAGUUAUGAUGUAUUGGAAGAAUCAAGAAAGUUUGCAUUGCAAACAUUCAAAUGAAUCUCAGCUCCCCAUGCUGUUACUUGAUCUCUCACUUGUGGUGAGUCGAUGUCGAUUACUUGGUGAUGAACUGGAAUAUUUGUUGAACUGGGGAUCAAAAUUUGAUAUCUUGAAAAUGGAGAUUCAGCACACAGAUGUGAAGUUCCUUAUCUCAAGCUAUGAAGCAUUGUCGAAGUUUGAAGUUACAUUUCAUAUUACGCCAGGUUAUCCAUGGCUUCCUUUGCAAUUCACAUUUAAUUCUUGGUUUGGAAACAUCAGUGGUAAACAUAUUAACGAAGUCCUGCUGACUGUAAAACCAGGACACAAGUACCUAAUCAGGAUCAUGAAGAGUCUUUUCAUGACAUUGCUCAUCAGACCAGGAGCUAACAGAUUACAGUUACAGCAUGCUUCUCCCUGACCAGGAAAAGAUGAUAAACAUUCACCAUUGUUCCCAAAUCAGAAACAACUUGUAAUUAUCAUUUCCAUUUGUACUAUUGGGCUUUUCGAUGAGCUUUGUAUUAUAAAGCAACCAAGGAUGACAUUGAAAGUUGCUGUGAGUUGAUAUCCAAUCCUUGCAAGUCAAGGAAUGAGGGAGAAUCUGGCAUCGAAUAUAACUCAGACUGAAGAAAUGAAAGUAUCCCCUUGGCGGUGAUGAGCCUGUGUAAAUUUGUAACAGACAGUUCCUGGUGACUGCCUACAAAACAAUCUGCCUACAAUGUUGGCUGUUCUAUUCUGAAAGUUUUAUAAGCAUUGUUUCAGUAAUAUUGAAACUGAGAUUCAUCUGGGCUGCAGAUUAAGGAUGGUUGUGGUAUUUUUCAUAACAAAUUUGACUUUGGUACACAGUACAGCAGGUGGGUUCCUCAUUGUAGUUCAGUGUAUAAUGAGACUUGGACUGUAGACUGAAUAACUUGAUGGGUGAUAUGUCCUCUAUUCCCCAGCAUGUUUCUUUUAGCUGAAGUAAUGCAAAAUAUACAGUAACUUUACAAGAGUGUAAAAUGUUUGUACGUCUUUAUUCUAAAAUUAAAUUUAUAUUUGCCAUUGAU